AUGGCAGAGGAAAGCUUGGAGACAGAUGGCCCCCGAUCAUCCAUGCCGGCUGAGCUCCACCAUCCUCAUUCCAAGUACUCUCAGUGGAAGUUUAAACUGUUCAGAGUGAAGUCCAUUGAGAGGGCCCCUGCGCCCAGUGAGAUGCAGCCGGAGAACGAAGCCAUGGCAGGCAUCUGUAACCCGAGUAUGGCGUUAGAUAACGCCGUGAGUCCAGGUUGUGUCAAGGAAAAUGUUAAAGGGCCUUGCCAAAAAAUGGAUUUGAGGCUAGAAGAAAUGGAAAACCACAUGAACCAUCUCAGGUAUCUGUGCCGCCUUUGUGGAACCACUUUAAGAAAAGUCAAAGGCCCAGUCUAUGGUGUCCAUGCAGCUUUGGAUGACGAAAGCAGGAAUUCCCUUCGCAAAAUGGGCUGCUUGUCAACAAAAUGGCCAGAUGUCAUUCUUAAAGUCUUCAAAGUGAAUGUGACACAUGAUACAGAAUCUGUCCAUCCUCUUUCCUUCUGCCAUCGCUGCUGGACAAUAGCCAUGCAAGGAGGGGGUGUUUGCAAUUUAUCCAGGACAAAUGUCCCAGAAUGGAAACCUCAUUAUGCCCUCUGCCACAUUUGUUCACCCAAGAAACAUUUGUACCAGCGGACCGGAAGAAAAAGGAUCAAAGUCACUCCCAGAGCCCACUGCUUAGUGAAAAGAAUAAGGUUGGACCAAAGCCACAGCACUGUCAGCGGUGAGAGUCGGGUUCUGAGACCGUUUGGAGGCCAACUUCAUGGUCCUGUGCUUAAGGGAUGGAGAAGUCCCAGUGUCCAAAGAGAGCACUGGGUGAGGACCAUCACACAUUGUCAGAAAGAGCACCUGAGUAGCAAGCUUAUGUCUGAGAAUCUCCCUGUUGACUUCUUCUGUUCUUUUACUUGCAUGGUGUGUGACCAUCUGCUCUCUGACCCAGUUCAAUCCCCCUGCGGGCACCUGUUCUGCCGCAGCUGUAUUAUAAAAUACAACCACAUUAUAGGACCUCACUGCCCGGCCUGCAACUUGCCCUGUGCCAACAAUGACCUCAUUCUCCCUGCCAAAACUUUUUUGUCCGUCCUAUAUUCUCUUUUUUUGCUCUGCCCGAGAGAUGGCUGUGGCCGACAAGUAAGACUAGACUCAUUUAAAGCUCACUGCACGGACCAUGAUCUGCAAACGCAAGAUGCAACGAGACAGCAAUCAUCAGAUCUUGACAACUACCUGAUAACCAAUAAAGGAGGACGACCCCGGCAGCACUUGCUAUCGCUCACACGGCGUGCCCAGAAGCAUCGACUGAGGGAACUGAAGAAUCAGGUGAAGGCGUUUGCAGAUAAAGGGGAAGGUGGCGACCUGAAGUCUGUGUGUCUGACGCUGUAUCUUCUGGCACUGAGAUCUGGGAAUGAACAUCGGAAGGCAGAUGAGUUAGAGGUCAUGAUGCAAGGGAGGGGCUUUGCGUUGCAUCCGGCUGUGUGUUUGGCUAUUAGGGUCAACACUUUCCUGAGCUGCAGCCAAUAUCACAAAAUGUACCGGACUGUUAAAGCCAUGAGUGGCCGCCAGAUCUUCCAGCCCUUGCACACUCUCCGAGCUGCAGAGAAAGAGUUACUCCCUGGUUUUCACCAGUUUGAAUGGCAGCCAGCUCUCCAGAAUGUGUCUACAGCUUGCAACGUUGGCAUUAUUGAUGGGCUAUCUGGAUGGACUUGCACAUUGGAUGACUCACCAGCUGACACCAUCACUCGAAGAUUCCGCUAUGAUGUGGCUCUGGUGUCAGCAAUAAAGGAUCUGGAGGAGGACAUUGUUGAGGGGCUGAGAGACAUAGGGAUGGAAGACAGUGCCUGUACCAUUGGUUUCAGUGUUAUGAUCAAAGAAUCUUGUGACGGCAUGGGAGAUAUCAGUGAAAAACAUGGAGGGGGACCGGUUGUUCCAGAGAAAGCUGUGCGUUUCUCUUUUACCGUUAUGUCUAUUUCGGUUUUUCGAGGUGAAAACAAUGAGGAGGUUACCAUCUUCACUGAGCCAAAGCCAAAUUCCGAACUGUCCUGUAAGCCCCUGUGUCUGAUGUUUGUGGAUGAAUCAGACCACGAGACACUCACAGCUCUCCUAGGGCCAGUAGUUGCAGAGCGUAAUGCAAUGAAGAAGAGUAGGCUCAUCCUAUCCAUAGCUGGCCUGCCUCGAUCUUUCUGCUUCCACUUCAGGGGCACGGGAUACGAUGAGAAGAUUGUACGCGAAUUUGAGGGCCUGGAAGCCUCAGGCUCUACCUAUAUAUGCACGCUGUGUGACUCCAGUCGAGCGCAGGCCUCUAAAAAUAUAGUACUCCACUCAAUUACACGAAGUCAUGAUGAGAACCUGCAUCGUUAUGAAAUAUGGCGAACCAACCCUUUUUCUGAGUCUGUAGAGGAAUUGCGAGACAGAGUCAAAGGGGUCUCUGCCAAGCCCUUCAUCGAGACCCAAUCCACAUUGGAUGCGUUACAUUGUGACAUUGGCAAUGCCACUGAGUUCUACAAAAUUUUCCAGGAUGAAAUAGGAGAAGUGUACCGAAAAGAAAAGCCCAGCAAGGAAGAACGGCGCAGCUGGCGGGCAGCUGUAGAUAAAGAACUGAGGCAGAAGCUAAAGCUCAAACCAGUGAUGAGGAUGAAUGGCAACUAUGCCCGCAAGCUAAUGACCAUGGAGGCUGUGGAAGUGGUGUGUCAGCUGGUUCCCUCAGAGGACAGGAGGGAAGCCCUGAGGGAGCUGAUGAGGCUUUACCUUCAAAUGAAGCCUGUGUGGCGCUCCACCUGCCCAGCCAAAGAGUGUCCUGACCAGUUGUGCCGCUACACCUUUAACUCCCAGCGCUUUGCUGACCUCAUCUCCUCUACCUUCAAAUACAGGUACAAUGGCAAGAUAACCAAUUACCUGCAUAAGACUCUGGCCCAUGUUCCCGAGAUAAUAGAGCGAGAUGGGUCUAUUGGAGCCUGGGCAAGUGAGGGGAACGAGUCAGCAAACAAACUGUUCAGGCGUUUCCGUAAGAUGAAUGCACGUCAGUCAAAGGCCUUUGAACUCGAGGACGUCCUGAAACAUCACUGGCUCUACACCUCAAAGUACUUGCAGAGGUUUAUGGAGGCUCAUAAGGACUCCGCAAAAGCCCUGCUUGCAACCAGUGACCCAGCAGACAUUCAGAACAGUGAAAUUAUGUCCCAGGAGCUGAUUGAUUGUUCUUAAUGUGAAAUUAAGCCUGAAGAUUUGUUUGAUUUUACAUUGGUAAGACUGAUGUCCCUACAUUGUGUACAAGUGAUUUAAUAAUCUCUUUAUUAUAUUUUGUGCCGUUUUUCUAAAACUUUUAUAUUAUACCAUAAUUCAAAACACAUUAAUUUACACUUUGCCAAUUCAAAACUGCAUCAUCAUUAACUUUAAACUUACUAUGUUUAAGCCUGACUAAUCAGUAUUUCAAGACUGCUACGUUUUAUGAAGUGUGUGUCUUACCCAUAACCUAUGAAUAGUGUCACACACACACUUUCAUUUGGUACUGGCAAAAACGUUCUAUGCCAUGAAAUAUGGCUUAUUUUAUUGUAUUGUAAGGAUGUGACAUAUUUAUAGAGUGGAUAUUUAUGGAAGCAGAUGAAAAUGCUGUGAAUCAUCGUAGGGAAAAUGUGUUUAGAUGACCACAUUUGUGGCCACUGUAUGUUGAUUUCAUUUUUACCUGAGAAAAAUUUAAUCACAGAGACUUUAAUGUUUUUUUUGUUUCACAGGUGCCCUUUGAAAAAUAUUAAUUUAUUGCUUUAUCCUGGCACCCCUGGGGCAGAUUAUAUGCCAGGUCCCUUUGAACUGUUUCUUUUUUCUUUUUUGUGGACAUUAGAUGAUAGAUCAUACUUAUUAGACACCUUCACAUGAAAUAAGGCAUGUAGUGGCAUUUUUCAUACAUCCUAAAAAUGCAAUUUGUCCGACGUGAAGCCGAACACUCAGCAGAUUCCCUCGCAGGGAGAUUUCUUUAGCUUGGUAUAAAAGCCAGCAGUCGGUUGGCUGAUAGUGGCUGAAGAUGGACGAUGGACAGAAGGAUGUCAUGUAAACUGAGUUUCUUUGCAACUUUAUUUGUUUGAU